UGUGGGGCCCUCAUUGGCGGGAGGAGAGAGAGGGAGUGGCCGUCUCUCAGCUCCCAAAACCCUCCGAGUCGGGUUGGCUCUUCUGGUCGGAGCAGCUGCUAGGGUUUUUGAAUCCAUUGCCGCCGGCGAAGAAGCAAAUACUUGAUCGCCUCAAAGAAUGCAAUCUCUUCGUCGGAGCGUACGAUUCCUGAAGAGCAUUGGCAGCUCCAGAUGUCCAACGGCGGCUAAUUCCCUGAGCACCCGGGACUUCUUCACCGCGAUUAAUGGCUCUUCAGCUGCGAAGACACAUGUCAGCUCGCUAAGUGUUAUGCGGAUGGCAUCUAAUGAAGGCUUUCCUUCAUUGUCAUUGCUGAAUCAACCAUGCUGUCCGGGUUUGCUUAAAAUGGGAGCAGUGGUACCCCCUUUUCCAAGUAGGGGCAUGACAACAGAGGGACAUCGUGUUGAAGCGCCUUCACAUUCUUCUGGGGCACCUGCUGAGCCACCAGCUCGAAUCAAAUUUAAGAGACUUGACAAAACAGCCAAGCAUAUAAUGCAGAUUAUAGAUAAAGAGGCCACGGAAGAAGUAAACGGACAAAGAGAGAUACCCAAUAUAAAACCUGGUUACAUAAUACAACUGAAAGUGGAAGUACCUGAGAACAAGAGACGCGUCUCCAUUUUGAAAGGAAUUGUUAUUGCACGACGUAAUGCUGGUCUAAACACUACAUUCAGAUUAAGGAGGCUAGUUGCAGGUGUCGGAGUUGAAUCUCUGUUCCCACUGUACUCCCCCAACAUAAAGGAGAUAAAGGUGCUGGACAAGAAGAAAGUGAGGAGGGCCAAGCUCUACUAUCUUAGAGAGAGGAUGAAUCCACUCAAGAAGAAAUGAUAAGCUCUGAAGCUCAUAGGAGACAAGAAUGUAAGCGCCUUUGGAAAAUUGACACCAGUGCAUAGCCCCUUCGUCAAAUAUUGCGCUCAUCGUUAUCUGCUCGAAUAAUAUCCAUAUUCAUGAAACGAAUCCUCCGGAAAUUGUGGGUAAUGGAGAAAAAGGGUUGGUUCCUUGUUGAAUUUCGCUUAGUAGCUGAAUCUUCUCUUUUUCCUUUAUAAUAGUGGCUUAGUUUUGCAUAGCUGCCCUUUUCCUUUUUCCUUUUUCCUUUUUCUGCAAGGUGGAUAUUAUAAUCCCCACAGAAGCUUUGGAUUUGAAGUCAUUUAAUGGCACAUGUAGAGUGGUGUUUCCUUACAUGGAGCUUGCAUUAUUUUAUAAGGUCUGCAUCUUCUGGGCCACACUAAUAACAGUUGUAUUAAUUUGAAUGGAUCGUGGAACAUAUGCAAUUAUGUCAUGUCUGCCGAUUUCC